GUAUCUACACAAGAAGGAGGCGUCCUAUUUAAAGCCCAGACUUAACUCUGGACGUUCAGUUGAGAAAUCGCACACCAUGGGUCUCUUAACGAUUGCAGCAGCGUCAGCUCUCGGUGCUGGCGGGGCGGCCGUAGCAGCACCUUUUGUUCUGGGAGCCAUCGGGUUCACCAGCGCAGGAAUAGCGGCGGGCUCCUAUGCCGCAUCGAUGAUGUCUGGAGCAGCCAUCGCUAAUGGCGGCGGCGUGGCAGCAGGGAGUGCUGUGGCUGUUUUACAGUCAGCCGGGAUGGCUGGUCUGGGUACAGCUGCCACAUCUGUUGUGGCCGGUGCUGGAGGGGUGCUUACAGGACUUGUGGCCCUCAUUUUUUAAGAUGCACAUCAUUCAGAUGAAAAUAAAAACCUUUCCAAAUGAAAAUCAAAUUGAACUCAAGGCAAACAAUGUUGACAAAUGAAGGAUUCUAAAUAAAAGCAUUUGAGAAGUA